AUGGCUGUGGGCCUGCGACACAACCACGACAUCUCGUUCAUCGCAACGCGGUGCAAGACCAUGGCCAUUGUGUUCUACGUAACGAAUUACGCCACAAAGGUCGAGGAUCCGGUGUGGAAGCGGGUGGCCGCGACAGCAGAACUGUUCCCCACCACGGUUGGGUCCAUGGUCGAGAACAGCGAGGCAAGUGAGACGGACCGGGGCCAAAAUCAAACGCGCCAAUUCCUGAUGAAGGUUGCGAACCGGAUAUUCACAGAGCGGACACUGUCGCAGGUCGAAGUCGUCGCCUACCUGCUGGGCUACCCGACGGAGUUUGCAAGCAACGACGCCUGGACGUUCCUGAAUGUGUCCUCCCUCUACUGGCAUGUCUUCCGACGAUGGCGUCACCUGCGAUGCGAGAGCGGUAUGGAGGUCGUAGACGAGCCGCUCGAGGAGAUGGUAUUCCUCGAAGAGGGCGGAGAAAGGGUCUCUCUAGUACAGGCAUAUCCGCACCGCGGCAAGCUCCUGGAGGAUCUGUCGCUGUAUGACUACAUGUCGAUAGUCAGGCUGAAGCGCAAGGGCAAGGGUGCAGGAACUCGGGGGGAGGUACAAUUCGACAGGUCCUGGCCCCCCUCACAGACAUGGGUGCAGGUGCUGCGAAAGCCCGGCGAACACGCCAUCGUCUGCUUCGACGGCUACCUGAGCACAGACUGGAGCGAGGAAACCGAGGGUUACUAUAAGAGGGCAGCGGUUCAGCACCUGGCCCUAUUCGUCCCGUGGGAGUCGUUCUUGUCCGAGGGGGCGGGGGAUAUCAACAGCAUAUGGGAAAGACACAAGCAGGCUCUGCCUCGAAGGAUAUCAUUCACGGUAGACAACAUCCAACUACUCCACCGGUCGGCUGAAGACGCAAAGCGGGAUGCCAGACAGUGGGCCGCGCAGUCCGGGGACGGGGACGGGGAUCCUGGCGUUGACACAGUCGGGCCAGAGUGUGAUAUGGAACCUCAGACGGCAUACCGCUCGGAUAGGGUCGGUACCGCAACACGGCUGCUAGACGUGUUGAGGCAGGCGAUAGCGAGAAAAGAGAUCACUGCUGGGUCGAAGGAGAUCUCGACCAUGGCACAGCAACUGAGUCAGUUUCAGCAGUUGGCCCUGUGCUCGACAGAUGAGCUGCGCGGCACAAUAGUUCCAGAGAGAGGACCGAGGACACUGAGCAGGGCAGAGAGGUCGUCGUCGUCUCCGGAGGCGGACGUGCCGUGGCAGGAGCAUGUCAGGUCCAUCAAGUCGCAGCAAAUGAGCGCCUCUAGAGAGAAGGAGAAGAUGAUCCAGGGAAUACAGAGCCAGCCCGACAGCAACACAGCUGAGCGCGAGUCAGCUGUGUACAACGUGCUGAAUGGUUUCGGAGGCCACGAAGUCCGUCUCACGGCUACCGAUCCGGAAGCCCUAGGCCGGUGCGUGGGGCCAUCGACGACUAUCCAGUUCGGCCCGUCCACGUCGUUUUCUGAGGCGGGGAGGCAACUGUCCAAGUCAUUGACACUCAACCGAAAACAGGACAUCGCCCUCCGGCUACUAUGUCGCCAACUAGACCGUGUACGCCGGGACGAGAGCGGAACCCCACAGCUCUGCCAAUUCGUCGGACGCGAAGGCGGCACUGGGAAGUCGCGCGUCAUCGCGACCAUCGCCGAGCCAUUCGCAAGCAAGGGGACAUCGCACCGUCUGCUGGUAACGGCGACCUCGGGAACAGCAGCCGCAAACAUCGACGGGAUCACCAUCCAUUCCGCCUGUGGAUUCUCCAAAGAUACAGCCCCGCGAGGAGGUCGGGGCUCAGACGUCGAUGGGUUUGCAGCGUCCAGCUCGGCGAAUCUCCGAGUCGACGGACGAAGCACGGCGCAGUGGCAGGAGAAAUGGCUGCUGAUCAUCGACGAGCUUCGAGGGCGCGCGCAGGACUUCGGCGGCAUCCCCAUCGUCCUCUUCUGCGGGGAUUUCCACCAAUUCCGCCCUGUGCAGGAGAGGUCGAUCCUCCUCCCGAGCACGGCCAUUUCGUUGCAUGAAGAAAAAUCGUUCAAGGCGGAGCAAAGGUACCAGCACGAUAGGGCGCACGCGCUGUGGAACAAGUUCACCACGGUCGUCAUGCUGGAUGAGCAGGUCCGCGCCGCCAGCGAUCCACAGCUGCGGAGACUGCUAACGCGGGUGCGCCAUGGGGUGCAGGACCGGUCGGACAUGGACAUGCUGAAUCGCACCUGCUACGGGGAGAACAGACGGAUCCCUUGGGAGUCGGGGCUCACCGUGGUGACGCCGCUGAACAGGAACCGCUGGAACCUAAACGUCGAGGCAUCACUGUGUUUCCAGAAGGCGCAGCAAUCCCGGCUGCGUAUCUUCGUAUCCGAGCACAGAUGGAAAGACGGCGAGCCGACGGAGGAGGAAGCCGUCAUGAUGCUGAGCCAAGGUGACGACAGCGCCGUCCCGGUGCCUGCCAUUUUUAUGUUCGUUCCGGGUAUGCCCGUCGUCGUAAACAAGAAUACGCACCAAGGCCUGAAGCUGGUCAACGGGGCCAGCUAUACGGCCUUGGACGUCAUCGUCGACAAGGCAUACCCGGGCCAUCGGGUCAACGAGGAGACCCUACUGCAUUUCGGCCCGCCGGCGGGCCUCGUGCUGGCGUCGGGGACGACAAGAGACUUCCACUUCGUAGGAAUGCCGGCCGGCACCAUCCUCCUAACGCCGGUCAGUACCAUGAUAGAAUGCCAGAAGAAGCGCCCGUGGCAAAGAAAGAAUGUCAGCCGGCGGGGAUUGCCAUGCGCAGCGGCUUUUGCCUGCACGGAUUACAAGGUGCAAAGCAAGACAUUGGACCGGGUGGCCCUCGAACUCCGGGGCACGAGGACGACGAACAUCGACGGCGAGGCUGUUCCAGCGCAGUGCGAUCCUUAUAGCUUAACCAUAGAGGGCAUCACGCUUCUGUCCAAGGUGCGGGAGAGAGAUUUCGUGGGCAACAGGGUGCCAGAGAGCAUGGUUGCGGCAGAGGAAAGGCUGGAAAAGCUGAGCAACAAGACGAUUAGGAAUGCGGAGUGCUGGGACUGGUCCGAACAGAACUAA